AUGCACGCGAGAGAGGACAGCUUCAGAAUUGACUUCUCAGGAGGCAUCAACGCCUUAUCGAUCGGUGUACUGGAAUCAUCGCUGGAUAUCUGCGAAAAGAACUUCAUACAGCUGGCGCGCAAGAUCUUUCCCAAAGCUUCUACGAAGAUCGGACAGUGGUGCCAGAAGCUGUCGCAAUGCAUUCGUUUUGCGAGAUUUAGAGGACCGCGAAAGUCGCUACAUGAUCGGAAGCCAUACGAGCAGAUGAAGGUGGCUGUAACGUCCAUCGACUCAAAAACCAGUAUGUCGAAGCUGUUCACCACGUAUGCGGGCCACGAGAAUCGACGGGCAGAGUUCGGCAGGUCGAGGUCCUUCCUGGUCCGAGAGGCGGCCGAAAUCACUUCGGCCGCUCCUAUAUAA